UGCAAGAGGAGACAUCUAUUUCGCAAUGUUCAGCAAGGUGCUUUUGUGCUGCUUCGUCGUGUGCGUGGCUUCCCAGCACGUUGAAGUUGAACCGCCACCACAACCUUACAGCUUCGGCUUCGACAGCACCAACGAAAACGGCACUCGCAUCACCCAGCAAGAGACCGGAGAUGAGAACAACGUCAAGACUGGAUCCUACAGCUACACCGACCCAUAUGGCAUCCAGCGUACCGUGAAGUACGUCGCCGACGCCGAAGGUUUCCACGUGACCAUCGAGACCAACGAGCCAGGCACCAAGUCUUCCAACCCAGCCGAUGCCCAGAUCGUCUCUGCCUCCGUGGAGGCCCCAGCCCCCGUCGAAGUCAAAGCUUCUCCUGUCGUAGUCAAGGUUGCCCAGCAGGUCCCAGUGGUGCACGCUAUCCAGACACCCGUCUCCUACACCACCGCCCAGCGUGUGGCCCCCAUUGCCGUCGCUCUUUCCCGCGCUCCCCUCACCUACACCCUUGACAAAUCUAAGAGCUCUUAGAGUUGACCUUUAACCUUAAAUAGCAUUGUCCUUAUUGGUUGCAAUGAUUCAUUUUAUUGAAGGAUUGCUCCAAUGUACAUACAAAGAUCAGUGUAAACGGUUUACACUUGUCUUCCGCAUCUGUCUCUAGUGCCGUUCAUCCUCUGCAAUGCUUCC